AUGAUUCAUGCACCAAAUUAAGAAUAUCCAAAUAGAAAAUUUAAAAUUUUAAAAAAAGUUGGAAGUGGAUAAUAAGGCUAAGUAUUAUUAGUUUAAGCAAUAGAUUGGGGUUAAAAUAAUUUUAGAGAAUUUGCUUUAAAAUAAUAAUAAAAUAUCAAUAAGAAUGAAAUCGAAAUUACUAAUACAAUAAUUAAGCACUAAAAUUAGUAUGAGAAUCCAGGAUUAUAAUUUAAUCAGGCAUCAUAUAUAAUAAGGAUUUAUGAAAUAUUUAAUUAUAAUAAUUAAACAUUUAUUUUAAUGGAAGCUGGAUAGUAUGAUCUAUAUACCUUUAUAAACUAAUAAUAAAUUACUUUAGAAUAGAAAAUUAAAAUAAUGAAAUAGGUAUUUUUAUUUAUUAAUUUAUUUAGUUAUCUUUUUCACUUAAAUUUUUUCAUCAAACCCUAAAAUUAAUUCACAGAGAUAUUAAACCUGAAAACUUUAUUUAAGUAGGAGAUGAAUUUAAACUCAUUGAUUUUGGCCUAUCUAAAAAGAUUCAAGAACGUUUUAUGACAUUAAAUGUAGGAACUCCAUUAUUUUAAGCACCAGAAUAAAUUCAAGGUUAAACUAAUUAUACUACAGCUGUUGAUAUUUGGUCAUUAGCUUGUGUAUUUUAUGAACUUUGUAAAGCAGAACCAUUAUUUCAAGGUAUUAUUUUAUUAUUAUUAAUAUAGGAUCAAAUAUAAAAGAAACAUAAAAUUUGAUAUUAUAAAGCAAUCAAAAUUAUUUAAAAGAUAAAAUUAAUUCUUUGUAAGAAACUUAAUAAUUAAAAGAUCUUUUAUAUUAAAUGCUUCAAUAUAAUCCACAAGAUAGAUUAAAUAUCACAGCAGUAAUUGAUAAACUAAAUUAAUUAGAUAAAUUCAACUUUACUAAUAAUAAACAAUUAGGCUAAAAUUUUACAAUUUAAAAUAGUCCCUUUAAAGUGUAAUCAAUUCCAUAAUAAAUCAAUUUCCCUUAAUAACUCUAAGUUAAUUAAUAAACACUACAAAAUCCUUUAGUUUUAUAAUUUCAAUCAUAAUUAAAAGCUUAGGAAGAAAAAUAGAAUGAAUCAAUGUCUUUAAUUUAAUAGAUCAUGAAUUAUAUGGAAAAUUUAAAAUUUUAAGAAUAAUUUAUUCAAUUAACAUAAUCUUAAGCAUAAAUUUAAAAUAAAUUGAAUGAUUAUUAAAAUUAAUUACAAAAUUAAUUAGAAGAAGCAAAAAAUACCGAAAAUUUCAAUCAAAUUAUUUAAGAAUAAUAAUCAAGAAUAAAAUAUUCGGAAAUUAAAUAAGAAGAAUAUGAUACAAAAUUUAAAUAAUAUGAAGAUUAAGUUUUAAAUUGUAAUUAAGUCAUUAGUGAUUUGAAAAUCUAAGUGGAAAUAAAAAAUAAUGAAAUAAAAAUGCUUUAAGAAGAAAAACAAAAAUUAUCAAAAUGCGAGUAAGAAAUCUAAAAUUAUAAAUAAGAAAUACUAAAGUAUUAAUUUAAUGAAAAAGAUAAUGAAUCACAAUAAAAAAUAUUAUUAUUUGAAAAUCAAAAAAAAUAAACAACGAUAGAAGAAAAAGAAUAGAAAAUCGUAAUUCUUUCAGAAGAGUUGACUUAAUUAAAAAUAAAAGUAAUAUAACAGGAAUAAGGUAUUAAUUAAUAGAAAUUAGAAGAUUAAUUAAAAAUUAGAAUUUAAGAGAACGAAAAUUAAGUAUAAUAAUGGGCAAAAAUUAAUUAGGAUAAUAAUAAUCAAUUUAAUUAACUAAACUUAAUUAUUAAUGAAUAAUUAUCUACAAUUCAAACAAAAGAAAAUUAAAUUAAAGAAUAAUAAAUUAAAAUGGAAUCUUUAAUAGAUGAAAUAAAACAAAUUCACUUAACUAUGUAAUAAAUGAAAAAUUAAUAAGAAGAAUAAGAUAAUAAAAUCAUGCAAUAUAUAGAAUAAAAAUUUGAAUCAAAAACCAUAAGAGAAGAAUAAGAAUAAAAAUGCUUGCUUGUAUAAUAAUCAUUAGAAGAUAUUAAAAGAGAUUAAAAAAAUUCACAAGAAUAACAUUAAAAUUUAUUAGAAUUAUUAAAAGUUAUUCAAUUACAAUAAGAAAAUUUAAACAAAAAUGAAAAUUGUCAGAAUGAUAAAGAUCAAUUACAAACUUUGUUUGAUAAACUCAAAAUCCAAAUUUAAGAAACCAACUCUUUUUUACAAAAUAGUAUUGGGAAAAAUGAAAUUUCUAUCUUACAAAAAAUAAAAGUUGAUAAAUUUUAUUUAGAUUAGAUUAUUGAUUACUUUAUACAAAAUAUCAAUAUUAAACUUGCUAAUGUUACUGAAGCAUUAAACUUAAUGAUUGAUAUAGGUAAUUUAUCAAAAUAAAAACAAAUGGCUAUAAAUUCUAUGGUUGGAGAUUAUUCAUUACUUUGUAAGUAGUUAAAAGAAAUAUUAGAAAAUUCAAAUUAACAAUUAAUCAAUCUAAUAAAACAGUUUAGUAAGAAUGAAUUAAAAAAUGUUAACUAAAAUUCUGGUGUUAAGAAUAAGUGA